AUAGAGCCGUAGAGGAAACCAUAUACGACCAUAGUAAUAUAUCCGAUACAAUUUGGUGAAUGUGGUUAUAGGUUAUGACGGGGUGAAUCAGAAGGAUAUAUCUUGUGACUAAAAUUUCCCCCAUUUUUUGUUUAACAUCAAGAUUGCCACAAAAUCUGAUGUGAAGCCCAGCUUGUGUGACACUUUUGGAUUCAAUAACAAAAAGCCAUAGCUCAUCAGAGAAACGGAGGACGAGAGUUGAGGUCAUAAGCCACCGACGAACUCCCUGUAUCCUUGUUAUCCUCUUUUCAUCAUCCUAUCCCAGAUCUUUUAUUCAGCCGGGUCUCGCCUCAUGCCCCCAUUGGAAUCAAUAAAGAACCCUAAUUUCUCGUCAUUCACUGUUCACUGUCAUAAUUUGAGAGUGACCAAGUGAGAGAGCGUAUCAAUGUUGCCUCAUCUCGCCUACCGCAAUUCACUGUCCACUGUCAGUGCUGCUGCCUACCGCCUCCCAGGUGUUGCAAUGUGGUUCUAUUGUAGCUGUAAAAGUUUUUGUAGUGACAACAUGUUCAUGGUGGCUAUGGAGAUCAAGUUAGAUGUGAUGCUAAAAACUUAUAUUUGUGAACAACAAACAAACAGGUUUAACACCAGGUGAGAUGAGAAGCUCCUGGAGUUGUAUCAUGGGAAAUUGGGACAAAAUCUGGAUCCUGUAUUUGUGGAACUGCUGUACUAAGAAGAAGAUGAUCCACUUGUGAGAAGCUCCUUUUGGUUUCUUUCUAUACUGUAUGCCACAUCAUAUAUGUGUUUGUUUGUAGGAAUAAGCAGUGAAACCAAUGAUGAUCAUGCAAAACAUGUGAGGUGUGAUAAUUAUUAUUGCAGCAAUCAGUGAGUGAGUGAGUGAGUUGUACCAUUUAAUUUACUUUGAUCCAUCCAGCAACUGCAACGGUAGGGUUGUUUGUACACCUACCUGCAGUCUGCAGAAUAACUUAGGAAUGAAUGAUCUGUGUACUUUUGUUUUUUGUAAGUGAACCAUUUUUCGUGUUGUAUUGUAUUGAAUUAUGAUAUUGAAGCA